AUGGCUAUUGCAAGACCGGUCCGGGCCUUGGGCCUGGCGGCGCUUGUUAUGUGGUGCUUCUUCUUAUACACAGUCUUCUGGCCACGGGAGCCGAGCAUAGCAGGCUCUGAAGAUUUCCACGGCACAAUCCCGAGGGAUCCCAAUCUCGACUAUACCGGCGAACCCGACGGUAACCUUGUGCGCGCUGGCGCCACAGGAUACGCCCCCGGCGCCGCUGGCACCGAAAGAAUCAACGCCACCUUACUCGCACUGGUCCGCAAUGAAGAGCUGGAUCAGAUGUUGCAGUCGAUGACCGACCUCGAGGCGACGUGGAAUCACAAGUUCAACUAUCCUUGGACCUUCUUCAACGACGUCCCGUUCACCGAGGAGUUCAAGCGCAAGACGCGCGCUGCGACCAAAGCCGAAACCCGAUAUGAAAUCAUUCCUAAGGACCACUGGUCGGUCCCCUCCUGGAUCAACGAUGAUCUUUACCAGCAAUCUGUCAACCUGCUGCAACAGCAAGGCGUCCAGUACGCCGACAAGAUAUCGUACCAUCAGAUGUGCAGGUGGAACAGCGGCAUGUUCUACCACCACCCUGCCCUAGCCGAUAUGCAGUACUACUGGCGAGUUGAGCCCAACGUCCACUUCUUUUGCGACGUCGACUACGAUGUCUUCCGCUACAUGGCGGACAACAACAAGACUUAUGGCUUCACCAUCACGCUGUACGAUGCGCCAAAGUCCAUCCCUACCCUCUGGCCUGAGACUGAGAAGUUCAUUGCUGAGCACCCCGAAUAUUUGCACCCAAACAACGCCAUGGAGUGGCUUGUCGAUGCGCAGAGGCGUCCUAUUCAUAAUGCGCAGGCUAACGGGUAUUCGACCUGCCACUUCUGGAGCAACUUUGAGAUCGCGGACUUGAACUUCUGGAGAAGCAAGGCUUAUGAGGACUAUUUCAACCACCUCGACAGGGCUGGUGGCUUUUUCUACGAAAGAUGGGGCGACGCACCCGUCCACAGCAUUGCGUUGGGUCUUUUCGAAGACAAGAGCAAGAUCCACUGGUUCCGUGAUAUUGGCUAUCAGCACAUCCCGUUCUUCAAUUGCCCCAACUCGCCAAAAUGCAGAGGUUGUGUCACGGGACAGCUCACAGACGGCGAAAAGUGGCUGAACAAGGAAGACUGCCGUCCCCUGUGGUUCAAGUAUGUUGGCAUGGACUAG